AUGGCGUUUGAGGGGCUCAACUACCCGUGUUGGGAACUCUUGGAUUGCCAGGGAGAGGUGCCGCAGAGCAGAUCCGGCCAUACCUGUGCCCUCUACAACAACCGGUACUUGUACAUCUUUGGCGGCUUCGAUGGCUCCAGUUGCUUCGACGACCUCUAUGUCUUGGACUUGGAAACGAGGCUUUGGCGCCGCAUCGAGGCUGGAGGGGAUCGGCCGUCUGGCCGGGCGUCGCAUUCUGCGGUGACGGAUCAGCUGGCUGGGGUGAUGUACAUCUUUGGCGGUUCUGGGUCCCACUUUGGUUACACCAACAAGCGCGACCUCUGCGAGUUUUGCUUCGAAACCGAAUGUUGGAGGCUUCUGUCCAACCCGGUGGAGGACACCCCAAGUGCUCGCUACGGUCAAAGCAUGGUGGCGUAUCAACAAGGUGAUCAAAGGGGUGGAGCGGUGGAGUUGCACCUGAUUUCAGGGUGA